CUUUAAUUCCAGCCUAUACAGCAACUGCAUGCAACUCAAGGCAAGCCGGCUGCCCCACGCUUGCCUUGCUCAUACGACUGCUCCCAUUCACCCAACCACAUUGGCUGUAGGUAGGCUACACUUUUCAUACAGGACUAGACGGGACUGAGGACUCGCUCGCUCGCUCUCACCGAAGGCUGUGUGUGGCUGCCAAGCAACAUGUUACCAACGAGGAGACGGCGAGCGCGCGCUGCCGGCUUGGCGGGGAUACCGAGAAAGAUGCUCCGGGGGUCGGCGGUACAGAAGUGGCUCUCCUGUUGGAUUUUGAUGUCAGCGAUGUGUUUCCACUCCACAACUGCACAAGAUGACGUCCCCCCGUACUUUAAGAUGGAGCCGGUUCAGACCCAAGUUCACCUGGAGCGUAACAGGCUGGUUCUCACCUGCAUGGCGGAGGGCAGCUGGCCCCUGGAGUUUAAGUGGUUAUACAAUGGCACUGAGCUCACACGCUUCUCGCUGGAAUACAGGUACCUGAUCCCGUCCCUGGACCGAUCUCAUGCCGGAUUCUACAGAUGCAUCGUCAGGAACAGAGUGGGAGCCAUUAUGCAGAGGAGCACUGAAGUGCAGGUCGCAUACAUGGGUGGUUUUGUGGAGGGCGAGCGUUCCCAGACGGUUUCCCAGGGAGAGGCGGCUCUGAUCCAGGCUCCACGCAUCCACAGCUUCCCUCGACCACAGAUUACCUGGUUCCGGGACGGACGCAAGAUACCCGCCAGCAGUCGCAUAGCCAUCGCGCUGGACAACACCCUGGUCAUCCUGUCCACGGUCGCCCCAGAUGCUGGACGCUACUACGCCCAGGCUGUCAACGACAAGAAUGGCGAGAACAAGACCAGCCAGCCGAUAAUACUCACCGUGGAGAACAUCGGGGGACCUGCGGACCCCAUCGCCCCCACUAUAAUCAUCCCUCCCAGGAACACCAGCGUCACAGUCGGACGCAACGAGGUCAUCAUGGAGUGCGUGGCCAACGCUAGACCUCUGGUCAAGAUGGUCAUAACCUGGCGAAAGGACGGGGUCGUGGUCAGUACGGGGAUACGUGACUUCGGACGCCGGCUGACCAUCAGCCUCCCGGCGGUCAGCGACAGCGGUUACUACGAGUGUGAGGCGGCUCUCCGCAGUGGCGGCGUGCCGGCGGUCAGCGCCGGGGCCCACCUACACGUUUUAGAUCACCCCCAGUUUGUCAAGGAGCCUGUGCCUCACAUCAGCGCAGAGAUGGAGAAGGUUGUGGACAUCCCUUGCCAGGCACGAGGUGUGCCCCAGCCGGACAUCGUGUGGUACAAGGACGUAGUGCCCAUCAGCCCUGUGAAGACCCCCAGGUACAGGGUGUUGGUUGGGGGCAGUCUGCAGAUCAACGGCCUCCUGCCCGACGACACGGGGAUGUUCCAGUGCUUCGCCCGGAACUUGGCUGGAGAGAUACAGACCAACACCUAUCUGGCUGUCACCAGUAUAGCCCCCAACAUCACAGCGGGCCCAACUGACAGUGCCGUGAUUGACGGCAUGUCUGUCAUCCUCCACUGUGAGACCAGCGGAGCCCCACGCCCUGCCAUUACCUGGCAGAAAGGUGAGCGUGUGUUGGCUAGCGGUUCGGUCCAGCUCCCCAGGUUCACCCUGUUGGAGUCCGGUAGCCUGCUCAUCUCUCCCUCCCACUUGUCGGACGCUGGCACCUACACCUGCAUGGCCAGCAACUCCCGGGGCAUCGACGAGGCUGCUGCCGACCUGCUGGUGUGGGCACGGACCCGCAUCACCAAGCCACCGACUGACCAGAGUGUUAUCAAGGGGACCAAGGCUGUCAUGUCCUGUGGGGUGACCCAUGACCCCAGUGUGUCUGUCAGGUAUGUGUGGGAGAAGAGUGGUUCGUUGGUGGACGUGAGCACCUCUCCGCGCCUCCGUCUGGACCCAGACGGGACCCUCCACAUCUCCCAGACGUGGUCGGGUGACAUCGGAACAUACACCUGUAGGGUGACCUCUGUAGGGGGCAACGACUCCCGCAGUGCUCACCUCCGAGUCAGGCAGCUGCCCCAUGCUCCAGAGAACCCUGUCGCCACCCUCAGUCAGACAGAGAAGAGGGCCAUCAACCUGACCUGGGCUCAGGCCUUCGAUGGAAACAGCCCCCUGAUCCGUUACAUCCUGGAGGUCUCAGAGAACAAUGCCCCGUGGACUGUGCUCCUGGCCAACAUCGAACCCGAGUCGACGGGGGCGACUGUGGGUGGUCUGAUCCCCGCGCGGUCCUAUCAGUUCAGGCUGUGUGCGGUCAACGAUGUGGGGAGGGGUCAGUUCAGCAAGGAGACUGAACGACUUUCUCUACCAGAGGAGCCUCCGAGUGCCCCCCCUCAGACGGUGAUCGCCAGCGGUCGCACCAACCAGUCUAUCAUGAUCCAGUGGCAGCCACCCCCAGAGAGCCACCAAAAUGGACCACUCCAGGGAUACAUAAUCAGGUACUGCCUGUCGGGUCUUCCAGUAGACUGCCAGAUGAAGAACAUCACCACGCCAGACCAAACCAACCUGCUCCUGGAGGAGCUCAUCAUCUGGACCAACUAUGAGAUCGAGGUGGCUGCUUACAACGGAGCAGGGAUCGGCACCUACAGCCAGAAAGUCACUGAGUGGACUCUACAGGGAGUCCCGACAGUCCCUCCUGGUAACGUCCAGGCAGAGCCAAUCAACUCCACUACAGUCAGGUUCACCUGGUCGGCCCCGAGCCCUCAGUUCAUCAACGGCAUCAACCAGGGCUACAAGCUGCUGGCGUGGGAACCGGGUCACGAGGAGGACUCGACGGUGGUGACGGUGAGACCCAACUUUCAGGACAGUGUGCACAUGGGCUACGUGACUGGGCUGAAGAAGUUCACCGAGUACUACGUCUCAGUGCUGUGCUUCACCACGCCCGGUGACGGUCCACGCAGCCCUCCGCAGAGAAUACGCACCCAUGAAGACACUCCUGGCGCCGUCGGUCACCUGAGCUUCACGGACAUCCUCGACACAUCUCUGAAAGUCAGCUGGAAAGACCCCAAUGAGAAGAACGGAGUGCUCACAGGCUACCGUAUCUCAUGGGAGGAGUUCAACCGGACCAACACACGGGUCACGCAUUACCUUCCUAACUUGACCCAAGAGUACCGGGUCACCGGGCUGACCGCCCUCACCACCUACACCAUCCAGGUGGCCGGAAUGACCUCCAAGGGACAGGGUCAGAUGUCGUCCUCCACCAUAUCAUCCGGGGUACCACCAGAGAUGCCGGGGCCCCCCACCAACAUAGCCAUCUCCAACAUCGGGCCGCGCUCCGUGGCCCUGCAGUUCAAACCGGGCUACGACGGGAAGACAUCCAUCUCACGCUGGCAGGUGGAAGCCCAGAUUGGUAUCAUAGGGGAGAAUGAAGAGUGGGUGAUGGUUCACGAGUUGUCCAACGAGCCGGAUAUACGGUCCCUGGAGGUUCUGGACCUGAAUCCCUACACCUAUUACAGGUUCCGUAUGCGUCAGGUCAACAUCGUGGGGACCAGUCCUCCCAGCCAGCCAUCCAGGAAGAUCCAGACCCUCCAGGCCCCUCCGGAUAUCGCCCCCAACAACGUGACCCUUCGCACAGCCUCAGAGACCAGCCUCUGGCUCCGAUGGGUGCCUCUUCCGGAGUGGGAGUACAACGGGAACCAGGAGCUGGUUGGUUACCGGAUUCAGUACUCCAGAGCCGGGUCCAAAGGGGGGAUCCUGACCCAUGUCAUCGCCGACCGCCAGGAGAGGGAGUUCACCAUUGAGGACCUGGAGGAGUGGACCGAGUACGUGGUCAGGGUGCAGGCCAUCAACGGCAUCGGGCCCGGUCCCUGGAGCCCACCGGUCGUGGGGAGGACCAGAGAGUCUGUGCCGUCCUGCGGCCCCACCAACGUAUCAGCCUUCGCCACGACCUCCAGCAGCAUUCUGGUCCGCUGGGGGGAGGUCCCUCAGGCCGACCGUAACGGACUCAUCCUGGGAUACAAGGUGGUGUACAAAGAGAAGGAUUCGGACGCGCUCCCUCAGCACUGGGAGGUGGAGGGGAACACCAGCCACAGCGUCCAGCUGAGCGGCCUGGGGAAGUACGUCCUGUACGAGAUCCAGGUCCUGGCCUUCACGCGGAUUGGAGACGGCAGGAGCAGCAAGCCCAUCAUCCUGGAGAGGACCCUGGACGACGUCCCUGGUCCUCCAGUGGGCAUCCUGUUCCCAGAGGUGAGGACCGGCUCUGUCAGGCUCAUCUGGCAGCCCCCUGCCCAGCCCAACGGCAUCAUCCUGGCCUAUCAGAUCACGUACAGACGGAACUCCUCGAACAGCAACGCUGCCACUGUGGACGUCCUGAGCCCCAGCGCGCGACAGUACACUGCGUCUGGACUGAAACCCGAGGCGGUUUACGUGUUCCGCCUCACCGCUCAGACACGGAAGGGCUGGGGGGAGGCCGCCGAGGCCCUGGUGGUCACCACGGAGAAGAGAGCGCGGCCCCAGCCAACCAGCCGGCCCACGGUGCCUCAGGAGGAUGUGCAGGCGCGUAGCGUGAUGUUGUCGUGGGAACCGGGUAGCGACGGCCUCUCUCCAGUCCGAUACUAUACAGUGCAGUAUCGAGAGUUGCCGGACAGUAACUGGACAGUCCACUCUGCUUCAGUCAACCAUGAAGCCAACUCAUACAUAGUGACCCGACUGAAGCCAUUCACCUCCUACCAGUUCAGAGUGAAAGCCACCAACGACAUUGGGGACAGCGAGUACAGCCAGGAGAGUGAGGCUAUCACCACACUACAGGACGCGCCAGACAAAGCUCCAACAAUCCUCUCCGUUACACCCCACACCACCACGUCGGUGCUGGUUCGAUGGCAGCCCCCCGCCGAGGAGCAGAUCAAUGGCGUGCUGCUGGGGUUCCGGGUUCGAUACCGAGAGCUCCGUUACGACCGCCUCCGCAGCUUCACUGUACGCACCGUCAACAGCCCCGCCUCCAACUGGGCCGAGCUAACUGCUCCUUACAGUGUGAGGAACCUGAGUGAAUCCUCUCUCACCCAGUACGAGCUAGAUAAUUUGAGUAAACAUAAGCGCUACGAGAUCCGUCUGAGUGUGUACAACGCCGUUGGGGAGGGGCCUACUAGCACGCCACAGGAAGUGUUUGUGGGAGAGGCAGUCCCGACAGCCCCGCCUCAAAAUGUGGCCAUCCAGUCAUCGACAGCCACCCAGCUGGACAUCACCUGGGAUCCGCCCCCUGUGGAUGCUCAGAAUGGAGACAUACAGGGCUACAAGAUCUACUUCUGGGAGUUCCAGCUGCAGAACGAGACAGAGAGGCUGCGUACCCUUUUCCUCCCGGAGCUGGGCGUCAAGAUCAAAAACCUGACUGGUUACACCACGUACAUGGUCAGCGUGGCUGCCUUCAACGCAGCCGGCGACGGGCCCCGGAGUCCCCCGACCAGGGGCCGGACGGCUCAGGCGGCUCCCAGCAAGCCUAGUUUCAUCCACUUCAGCGAGUUGACCACCACGUCGGUCAACAUGUCCUGGGGGGAGCCGCGCCAUGCCAAUGGCAUCAUCGAGGGCUACCGCCUUGUCUACGAGCCUUGCACACCUGUCGAUGACUCCUCUCCGUCUCGUCCUCGCCACUCCACUUCAGGUGUUAGUAAGAUAGUCACAGUGGAUGUGAAGGGCAACGCCCCACUGUGGAUGAAAAUUAAAGAUCUGGCCGACGGGGUGACGUAUAACUUCCGGAUCCGGGCCAAAACCCUGACCUACGGCCCCGAGGUGGAAGCUAACAUUACGACCGGACCUGGUGAAGGAGCCCCGGGCCCACCCGGAGAACCCUUCAUCUCUCGGUACGGCUCCGCCCUCACCCUACACUGGACCAGUGGAGAUCCGGGUCGAGCCCCGAUCACCCGCUACGUAAUCGAGGCUAGGCCUUCCGAUGAAGGACUGUGGGACAUCCUCAUCAAAGACAUCCCGAAGGAAGUGACAUCAUACACACUGAAUCUGGACAUGCUGAAAGAAGGGGUCACAUAUGACUUCCGGGUCAUUGGGGUCAACGACUACGGAUACGGCUCCCCCAGUCCCCCCUCACCCUCUAUCUCCGCCCAGAAAGUGUCUCCGUUCUACGAGGAGUGGUGGUUUCUGGUGGUGAUCGCUCUGGUGGGCCUGAUUUUCAUCCUCCUCCUCGUCUUCAUCCUUAUCAUCCGAGGCCAGAGUAAGAAGUACACCAAGAAGGCAGACUCAGUUUCUUCCUACCCCCACCUAGGGAGCCACAGUAAUUGCACCUCGCUGCCCCUGUCCCACGGGGAGGUGGUCAGGUUGGACGAGGGACGUUUCCCCGCUCUGGAACUCAACAACCGGCGCCUGUCGGUCAAGAACUCCUUCUGCCGAAAGAAUGGCAUCUACACACGGUCUCCUCCCAGGCCUAGCCCAGGCAGCCUUCACUACUCCGACGAGGAUGUCAGCACCAAGUACAACGAUCUAAUCCCUGCCGAGAGCAGUAGCCUGACCGAGAAACCCUCCGAGAUAUCCGACUCACAGGGCAGCGACAGCGAGUACGAGAUGGAUCAAAGCCGGGCCGGGCAGCAGAAGGCCCACAGCUUCGUCAACCACUACAUCAGCGACCCCACCUACUACAACUCCUGGCGCCGCCAGCAGAAGGGCGUCUCCCGCCCUCCGGCCUACGGCUACUCCCAGCCCGAGCCCAUGCACCCCGUCUCUCACCCUCUGGCGGAGCAGGACGUCCAGCCCGCCGCUGCCACCCCCAGACACCCUCCACCCCUGCCCCCACUACCCCCCCUGCUGCCCCGGGCCCUCUCCCCGUCCCCGCAGCCCCAGGCCCUCCAGAUGGGGCUCAUCCAGGGCCUGCCACCCCAGGGUCAGGCCACCCUGUUCAGGCCGAAGGGAAGCCGGACUCCCACCCCCUCGCUGCUCUCCUGCUCGGUAUCGGAACCUACCGGGCAGCACGGGACCCUCCUGUACAGCAGCAGCAGACCGCCAAGCAGUCUGGGCUGCUCCGCCGCGCAGCAGCCACCUACCGCGGGCUUCUCCUCUUUCGUUUGACACGCGCUCAACACACUCCUUCCAAUGACAGCCGGAAAAAAACAACAAACGACAACCCAGAGAUGGACUGUUUUUAUACCCGAUUCACACUACAGGGCCAAACUCCAACCGGGCUGAGCCGGCUCGGGCUGUAUGCUUUCUUUUUUUUCUUUUGUCGUUCAGCACGGUCCUAGUCGCCCCGGCGGAUGUGUGACCGGGUCGGCUCACUUCACCUCGGCUCGUUUUGGCUCGCUAGCGUUAAACCGGGUUUUAUUUUGUUGUCGUUGGUUUUACUCGUCAUUUUCAUUUUCCGAUUGGUUGUUUUUCUAUUCUUAACGACGGCGAUUCUUGAGAGGUGUUUCGCUCUAUACGAUAGUAAGCAUCGAGGAUAGUGUUUGCGCUUUCGCCUUUGUAAAGGUGUGUGCGUGCGUGCGUGUGUGUGUGUGUAUGUGUGCUCGCGUGUGUAUGUGUGCGUGCGCUUGUGUUUCAUAAAAGAAUAAGAAAAAAGACAAUCAUUCAGAAAGGGAAGUUUCUGUUGCUCAGCACAAUGAUUUCAUUUUACCAGAAGACAUCCAUGACGCAAGGAAGAAUCUGAGAGGCUGGCAGGAAAAUGUUGUUUUUUAAACAGAGAUGAGUAUUUAAAACGAAGAGGACAAUGCUGCGUCACAAAUGGGUAGUCAGUGGACUAUUGAGAGUGGCUUACAGAAACUGACAUGCAGAAGAGAGAAAAAAAUACCCUUCCUAAAAUGGGGAAAAGACUAAAAAAGGGGCAGGCUUGAAAUGUAAGGACAAACGCAACGCAAGAGAAAUAUGAACUGUGACACUCGUGCAAAAGGAAUUUGCGACCAUUGCUCUUGAUCCGCUACAAUGGCUUCAACACAUUCGAUGUUCUUUUCACUUAAGCCAAAACAUUUUUGCAAUUGCAUAUGUACAUAAUGUAAUAGGUAUUUGUCCCAGUCAUUUUGUUGAACAGAUAUUUAUUUCUUAAUGGUAUCUAUCAAUCGGCUAAAGCGCUCCACGUUUUUGGAACACCCCAGCUGUUACGGUAAUGCUAUCGAUCACAUUAGAAAGCUAUGGUUAAUGUUAUCAAUCACUUAAAAAAGCAUUGGAUAAUGUUAUAAAUCACAUUAAAAAAGCAUUG